CGGUUUUGACUUAGCGUACUGAUAGUGCGUAUUGAUCAGAUACCUUGCAUCGUCUUACCAUUGCGUUGUAUAGAUAGUUGAAAUAGCUUUGCCUCUUCCCUUUUUGGAGCCGGUCAUUCACAUCGCCAAGUUUGGUAAUUACAACAUCGGUGCUGUCGUCGACCUAGCUCGGCAGAGCUCCGUACUGGCUCGAUUUCCGUCGUCCCACCGCUCGAUUCUGUGAAGCGGUCAACUGCAUUAGGCGAAUGACAGAGCGCCGCGCUCGUGAAUGUUCAAAGUACCCGUGGACCUCGACAUCUCCACAACACCCCGCAAUCAUCAGUCACGCCCACUUCACCGCUGCGGUAUCUCGCCCUCUACGACCUCGCGUAACUGCGCAUUCACGUCGACUAGAAGAAUAUUGUAAGAUUAGCGGCCAUUGUAACAUCUUUAAGAGGCGCAUGCCGCGUGUGGACUCAUGUCUCUCGCUCAACAAGUCCACCAGGAUUACAAGUUCGACGAACAAUAUAUCUAUCGUCAGUCUCUUGCACAACUUCAGCCCUGUCUGCCUUAUGCUCCAGAAGCUUCUCCGACAAACCACACCUUCGACUUCCAUAACCGCACUGGAAUGAUGGCGCAGUCAAUGGCCGAGAGUUCUUACAUGCAAACUCAGCCAUGGGGAAUGCAACAGAUCGAACAGGACGACACGAAACCGAUGACCACAUCCAGCCCAAGCAUCCACACGUACUCAUCCGGCCAGAACUGGAGUGGAGCAUAUGAUACUUCGUUCGACUGGCCCCAUGCUCUUCAACAGGCAGCAACCUUCAUCCUACCAAAUUCAGAGUCGCACUUCCAUCAAAACCACGCUCUGGUAUACAAUGCAACAUUUGCUACACCGACUGCGACUGGAAAGGGCUACGGCGAUGAACGAAGAGCUUGCGUGCCUGCCGAACUGAAUGGUUUGCCUCAUGGGCUUAUUGACAGGUCUGUCCUAGGUGCGAGCAUGUCCUCGUCACCGAAGAGUUAUGUCAGCGAUGAAUUCGGGAACACAUACACUCCAGUUUCUAUGUUAGACCAAUCCUCACCAACCGAGAACUGGAAUGGAUACCCAGUAACGGCCAACAACGCUGUUCUUUCGGCACCUUGCAGGCCGUUCCUUGCGCAAAAGACCGAUAGUGAUGUUGGGCUCUCAGGAAUCCCAAGGACGAGCGCAAGCACGGUUAUGACUCCCGUCGUCCCGUCUAAUGGCUCUAGCAGGCAGGACCUAGUACUCAUUGCUCCGCUCGGCGACGACCAACAGUCCGGAUCUGAGUACUCGCAUUCACAGAACAGCAGCGCUGGGCACUCUCCCUGGUACCGCGCGAAACAGUCAUAUGACACUUCGAACGCACCCUCCAGGUCCCGUAACAUUGCAAUUUAUAGCAAUCCCAGCAGCGAUACGAGCCUAUUACCGACAUCAGGACCUCGUCCCAUCCAGCACUGCUCAACGCCUUGGAACGGCUCGCGCCCGAGCGCCCAUACUCAGAAUCGUAUACAGGACAAGUUUCAGGUACCGCGCAGUGCUGGUGCACAAGCCCAGAGAGAGCACAACGACCAAGUGCUCAUUGAGGGCAAAAGGAGAGGAGAGACAUACAAGGAAAUCAAGCUCAAGAUGGUGGGCGAGAAGCCUGCGGAGUCCACUCUGAGAGGUCGCUAUCGGUCGUUGACAAAGGCGAGGAAAGAUCGGGUCCGAAAGCCCGUCUGGACUAAAUUGGAGCUUUUGGAUGACGCCGUCCAGCAAGAGUUCGAUCGUAUCGAGAGCAGCCUACAGAAUCCGUACUCGUUAAGCUUGGACCAGAAGAUCCUGAAAGUUGCCUGGAAGAAGGUCGCAGAGUUCAUCGCUGACAGUGGUGGCUCGUAUCAUUUCAGCAACGCGACUUGCAAGAGGCGAUGGCUAGAGCGCCAUCCGGAUCAGAAGUGA